AUGUCGACUGCAACAUCACAAAUUUUAACAAAUGGAGGAUAUUCGAGAGGACACCGUAUCUCCAGGAAACCUAGCCGUAGUGCCAUCCAAUCGACUGUGGAACUUGCGCACCUCGCACACAAACAAAUUUUUACAACACAAAUGACAUCUAACAUUGCGGUCGUACUCUUUGCGAUGUUCUACGUAGUGAUGGGUGUCAUUGGAUUUCUGAACUUUGAUAACUGUCCAGUGAGGGACGAGAUUCCCGUUUGGAUGAUUGUUGCUUCGCUCACUUCACUGGUCAAUAUAGCCAGCCAUUUCUACAAAGUAUAUAAGGAAUCGCGGGAGCAAUCGUAUCCACUUUACGUUCGUGUGAUCGAUGGAAUAAUCUUGGUUUUCAGACCUGUAUGGUUUAUUGCUGGUUGUGUUUGGGUCUAUACAGCCUACGAAUACGUCACUUUUGAUACUUCCGGCAAGGAGAGCUACUGUGAUCAGCUCACGUACAGUACUGCGCUGGUUUUCUCAACAAUCUUCUUUGUGAUUAUUCUUUUUAUUCUUGCUUGUCUUUGUUGUGCCUGCUGUUAUGUCAUUUUCCAUGAGCCGGAUGCAGAUGAUCAUCCGUAA